AUGUUCUCAUUUAAAUUCAUGUGUGCCCUCUUGAUUCAAAUUGUUUCAGAUGUGGAGAGCAGCUCUGACAGAAUUAGUAGCAACUGCUUCUCUAGUAUUCAGCCUAAGCUCUUCCAUCAUAUCAUGCUUGGAUUCAGGUGAAGUUGAUCCGAAACUGCUUGUCCCCAUUUCCGUCUUCAUCAUAGCCUUCCUCCUUCUCCUUGUGACAGUUCCGUUAUCGGGCGGCCACAUGAGCCCAGUUUUCACAUUUAUAGCUGCGCUCAAGGGUGCCAUAACCCUAGCUCGUGCUUCCGUCUACAUUUUGGCACAAUGUUUUGGCUCAGUUUUAGGGUUUCUCAUAAUGAAGACUGUGAUGGACCAACAUGCAGUACAAAAGUACUCCUUAGGUGGCUGCACAAUCCAUGGAAGUGGGCCCACAUCUGGGGUGGGGACACAAACAGCUUUGGUACUAGAAGUUGCUUGCACUUUUGUGGUUCUCUUUGUUGGAGUCACAGUGGCAUUUGACAAGAGAAGGAGUAAAGAAUUAGGGUUACCAAUGGUGUGCGUUGUGGUGGCUGGGUCUAUGGCACUUGCAGUUUUUGUGUCGGUAACAGUAACCGGGCGUUCUGGGUACGCCGGGGUAGGACUGAAUCCGGCGAGGUGCUUAGGGGCAGCACUGUUGCAAGGAGGGAUAUUGUGGGAUGGUCAUUGGGUUUUUUGGGUUGGACCAAUUUUGGCUUGUAGUGUGUACCACUGUUUGUCUUUGAACUUGCCAAAGCAGGAUUUAACGUCAGUAAAAGAAGAGUGUGAGAUUAUGAAGGGAGAAAGAAAUGUAUGAAGGGCUUGAAAUUAAACACGUAAAAACAUUCUACCUUGAGCUCUACCUUAAGUGGUGUUUUGAUCACCAAGUUAGUAGAUCAUAGGUUGGUAUUUUGUCUGUCUGGAUUUUUACUAAGAGUAGAGCUUAAGCUAGCUUAAACAUAUUACAAAUCAAAAUCGAAAGAUACUUUGAAUCACUUACAUACAAGGCCGGUCCUCAGAUUUUAGGGGCUCGAGCGAAAAUUAAAAAGGGGCUCACAUGCCUAUAAUAAGAUGUAAUCAUGCAAGAUAAGUUAUGUGUUUUAUGGGACAUUUAUUUUUUCUCCAAGGAUUAUAUGAAGGAUUUGCAUUGAUUUGAAUAAGCUACUGCCUACUGGUACUACUGUGGCGCAUGAGAAAUCCUUAAAGCACGGAUUUGUGGAUAUGAAACCCAUUUAGUAGUAGAAAAUCAACAUUUUGAAUUUAUAUGUUGAGACAAUGAGACCUAUACAUAAGCUAUAUCGGUUUUGUACUUCUUGUCUGUCUUCUUUACCGGGUACGUGGCCCUCCUGGUUAUAAUCGUCAACACAAACAGCAAGCGCCAUGGUUGCGGCCACCACAACACACACCCAAUUCUCUGCACCUUUUCUUGUCAAAUGCAAUUGCAACUCGAAUUAAGAGAAACACAAAGACCUUCUAUGUUCUGGGGAAAAUUAUUUGAUUAGUGUUAUGCAGUUAGUUACACAAUCUUCUCACGUAUAUGUAAACUUUUCGGCCCCAUAAGACUAUCAUCUUAAGAUGCUCUUUCAUUUCUACGCACAGUAAAAACACAGCAGUACGAUAGAAGGGUAAAUAAAUUACCACAAGCUUCUUUUGCAUCUGGCAAAGACCAAUUACACCAAGUAGAGUUACCAUGCAUGAACACUUUGGCAGUUUCUGGCUCCAUAUGCUUUAGUACCAAUUUCACUAAUUAGCUCAAACCCUUGAUGCAUUCAAAGUUCAAACAUCGGAAAUCAGUAACAA